AUGAUUUUGCACUCAUUCUCAUUCGCUCAAGAUGUAUCACAACCAUUUAUUAUGUAAUAUAAAACUGUCCGAGAGCAGAGAGGAUCCUUAAUUCUGUAAAUAUCAACCUCCACCAUCAAUUAAUCUCUACUCUUGAACUUUUCCAUAAAAAUAUACCUCACCAUUGCAGACCUUGAUUCUGUUGUAUCCAUCAAAAUUGGACACUUAUAAGUUUUAACUCAAUAUUACAACCCCAAAUGGGCCUUUUCUCCUUAUAGCCAAAAUGGGACGACUUUUGGAUACUUUAUGCAUCAAACACUACUUACAUAUAAGACCAAAAAGAGCAUCUUCGUAGUAAUCGCAGGACCCCUUGAUUCCAUCGACAUACUCAUCACAAACUCAUGAACAAUAACUCUUCAUAUGCAUCCCAUAAAAAAACAAGCCAAUCUCCGAAUUCAAAUUAUAUCAACAUGUCUGAAGCCUCUUCGAUCUUCGUGCACGCCAUCCCUGAGACAGGCCGCCUCCUCCCCUCAGCGAGCCGAUGGAACUCCAUAGAGGUCGAGUUCGGAAGCAUUUUCCCUUCGUCAAAACCGCAUGACGAUACCAUUUCCAAAUACUCCAAAUCAUACAGCUUCCGUCUCGCUAUAGCUGAUAGAUCCCGAUUCAAACGGUUCGUGUUCAUAAAUAUCGCCUCGGUUCUCCUCAUCAUCGUCGCAGUCCUCUUAUUUGUCUUUCUUCAUCAUAAGCAUCAUGAUCGCGGGCCUUCCAGCAAUCUGCCUCUCGUGCUAGAGCACACACUUUCUUUCUUCGAUGCACAAAAAUCUGGGAUUCUUCCAAGGAACAAUCCAGUGAAGUUUCGAGGAGAUUCGGGAUUGAAUGACGUCGAUAUAAAGAGGAAUAAUGCAAGCCUUGUUGGUGGUUUUUAUGAUUCUGGGAGUAAUAUCAAGUUCAGUUUCACUACUGCUUAUACUGUGACUCUAUUGAGUUGGAGUGUAGCUGAGUAUCAUGAGAAGUAUUCAGCAAUGGGGCAGCUUGAUCAUGUAAAGGAUAUUAUAAAGUGGGGCAGUGAUUAUUUGUUGAAGCUCUUUGUUCCUGGAGAUUCAGAGGAUGAAGGAUUGAUAUAUUCUCAGGUUGGGAGCACAGACACCAGCACUAAUCCAAACAACGACAUAACCUGCUGGCAAAGACCCGAAGACAUGACAUACAGCAGACCAAUAUCAACUUGCACAACCUCUGCUUCUGAUCUCGCUGGAGAAAUUACAGCAGCACUCUCAGCAGCAUCCUUAAUUUUCAUUGAAAACAAAGCUUAUUCAAAUAGACUGGUUCAAACUGCUCAAAAAUUAUUUAACUCCGCAAAGAACAACAAGAAUCAAGGAACCUAUUCUUCGAAUAAAGAAUGUGGAGAUGCAUCAAGAGAUUUCUACAAAUCUACAAGCUUUUUGGAUGAACUAGCUUGGGGAUCGACAUGGUUGUUCUUUGCUACCGGAGAUUUUUCUCAUCUUCAGUAUGCAACUGAAACAUUUCAGCUUGCAUUAAAUGAUACGGUGUCAGAUAACAGGGUUUUUGAUUGGAAUAACAAGAUUGCAGCUAAUGCAAUUUUGCUGACGAGGUUAAGAUAUCUCCAUGAUCCUGGAUACCCAUAUGAAGAUACACUGAAACACUGCUCAGAAAUGAUUGAUGCAAUUAUGUGUUCUUAUCUAUCUCCACCCAAAUGGAUGGGAUGGGUAAAAACUGUGACACCGGGUAAAUGUGGACUGAUCCUCCCAUCGCCAUUUAACAUCAGUUCAUCUCUCCAAUUUGCUUCAACAGCUUCUUUUCUUAGUAAACUCUAUAGUGACUACCUUAACAUCCUUCAAGUCCCUGCUAGGAGUUGCAGCGCCAAUUCUUUUUCACCACAGGCACUGAAAAAUUUUGCCGAUUCACAGAUAAAUUACAUCCUAGGCAAAAAUCCUAUGAAAAUGAGCUACGUCGUUGGCUUUGGAGACCGUUACCCAAAACAAGUUCACCAUAGAGCUGCAUCAAUCCCUUGGGAUGGAAAGCAUUAUAACUGCUCAGAAGGUGAAAAAUGGAGAUUAUCGAAGGAUCCGAACCCGAAUACUUUGCUUGGAGCCAUGGUUGCUGGUCCAAGCUAUGAUGAUAAGUUUACUGAUCAAAGAGAUCAGCCCAAGUUCACAGAGCCUACAAUUGCUAGAAAUGCUGGGUUAGUUGCAGCCUUGGCUGCACUUGUCGAUCCGAGUUUUUUGGGGAUGAGCAAGUUUAAUGGAGGAAUCGACCAAGAUAGGAUAUUUGCAAAGAUUACAUAAAUUUCACACUGACGGUGUUGCUUUCAAUUAAAGCAUAUGAAAAGUAUUAACAACAAGAUAGUGCAAUCAAACAUUAAUUAGGUUGCAUUCUAUUGUAACUCAACAGUGUCUAGUUCAUGUAACUGUUUCACAUACAAAGUAAGAUGUUGAUAUCGUAUUCAUCAUCUUUUGUAGCAAUUUCUUAAACAAGCGUACAGGAAUGGACACAGACGGGAUAUUCACAAAUAGAAAAGCAUCGGCAAGUUGAAACUACAAUUAAUGGGAGGUUAUGUAAAUUCAAUUAUGUUGGAAAAAAUCAAGUAAACUUAAAUUAGCAUGUAAAUUAAAUUCGAAUAAAAAUAAAUAAUUAA